AUAGAAAUGCAUAGAAUACAUUUCUCAAUGCAAACAACAUAGCUCAAGUACCAGCAACCAUCGGUAAUCAUCGGUUGUGCUAGAAUAAAACUGUAAAAGCACACGUUUGCAAAACAAUUAUAAUGCAUCACUCUCGGCAGAAACAACAACAGCUACAGCAAAAUGCUUUAUGUAAAGCCGUUGAAAGCAAUAGAAUGUACACAAAUUAUCAAAAAGAUUUCGAUCAAAUACAACGCAACUGUUUAGAGCACUGGCAAAAAAAGGCUGCAGAUCAGUCAAAUCGUGAACGCGAAAUGGAACAGCAUCAAAACACACUAAAACGAGAAGCGGAUAGACGAAAAUGGUUCCUUGAAGAACAGGAAAAGGCACAGCAAUUGCAUGAAGCAAGUCGUCAAAAAACUAACGAAGAGAAACUGCGGCAGCAACUUCGUGAAUCGAACCAAGAAAUGCGUUUACUUGAGUCUAAAUUACGAGCAGCACAUGUAGCUAAAGGCAUCGCAGCACAAAUAGCAGAAGCUGAACUUAAAAAGAAAAAUGAACGUUUGCUGGCACUCAAAGAUAUGGAAGAAUUGGAUAAACUAAAACACGACAAUCUUGAGUACAUGAAGCAAAAACAGGCAGCCGAAGAAAAUGGAAAACGUGUACUGCGUUCCGUGCUACAACAGCAAAUGGACGAUUCUCGUUUAAGGAAAAAAUGCUUAUAUGAAGAAUUUCUAGUUGAGAAAAGCUAUCUGGAUGCUGUAGUGAAAAAAAUACAGGACGAACAUUUAGAAGCAAUUCAACGCAAGCUAGAACGGCAAAAAUGUACUCGUCAGGAAAUGGAAUAUUUCCAGGAAGCCAAGCAAACGUGGAAAGCUCGACAAGUAUUUUUGGACGAAGUGGAAAAUGAGCGAAUAAAAAAAUAUGGCAACGAGAAGGAUCUAUUGAAACAGAUGAAACAAACCCAAAAGCAGGAAAGCAACCGAAAACGGGAAGAGCUUAACAAGGCUAUGAUCGCAACCCUGGAAAAGGCAAUUUCUGAACAAAGGAAUCGCGAAGAAAUGCUUCAAGAACUGUGCAUAGCUGAACGGAAGGAAAAAGAAGAAACAAAGCGACAACGGGAGUUGGAAGAUCAAAUACGUAAGAGAAUAGCAAUACGGUUGGAUCUCGAGAAGCAACUUGUUGAAAAUAAUUGUCAGCGCGAGAUGCAAGCAGAAGAAGAAAAACGUUUCCAGGCGAAACAAAUUAACAUGUGGGCGGAAAGAGAUCGUAUCGAUAUAAUGACAAAAGAAAAACGUCAUCGAAAACUUAUUGAAUAUAGACGAAACGUGCAGGAGUUGCUGGAAGACAGAAGGAAAAGACGCAUGGAAGAUGUAAAAAUAUUAAUGGAACAGGAAGAACGACAACAGCAAGAAGAACGUCGUAUGCAAGAAAUACUCGAAGAAGAAAGGAUAAAACUAUUAAAGGAACAUGCAACAGCACUGUUAGGAUACUUUCCUCCGGGUGUAUUACGCGAAACAGACCGUGAAUUUAUUCCAUUGCCGAAGAUUAACAAUCCCGCGAACUAACAUUAAACAUGUAAUGAGCAAAACAUAUGUAAUCAAAUCAUUUUCAUUUUUAACGAACUAUUUUAACAAAUCUUGCCGUUGCUAAUCAUUGCUUAGGUUGAUGCCAUUCGUACAACAAUUUUAAUCGUACGACCCAUCCGUUUGCUAAUUGCUUAUCCGAUUUGAUCGUACGACGAGAGAAGAAAAAUAUUAUUUUUAAUGUCAACUGAUAAAUAAACAGGCCCGUUGUGCUAUGUAAUAUGUAUUGUAGGUGAAAGUAA